AUGAACAUUCUGUGUAUAUCUGUGGCGCACAAAAUUCCUGAUUUAAAAGAAAAUAUAGAUAAUAAAACACAUUUAAAAUAUGGAAAAGUACAAAAAGCGUGUUCCCAGAUAGAUGUUAUUUGUAAAACUAACGAUUCAAGCGUAUGUUCUGUUAGACUAUUUGACGGGAAACUGGAAUAUAAGGAUUUUUUAAAUUCAUGUUAUCAUUCUAUGAAUAACAUGUGUAAUAAUCCUGAAAAUGAAUAUUACAUAAUUGUCUCUGGUACAUGCAAAGACUUUCUCAAUUCGCGUAGAAACAGUCCAAUAGAAGUGCCGAAUAAUGCAACAUCGGGGAAAAUUACGAUAAUGCCAUCAAAACCUGCCGCACCCACUACUUUAAAACAUAAAAUACUACGCUCAGAAACGACACUAAGCACUCUGUACGACAUUGAAACAGCGUUCGACUAUCACACAUGCCCGUAUUCUUGUCCAAAUGCGUAUGACCCAGUAUGCGUGGCUGUGAACAGAGGACAUGGGUUGUAUUUUAAGUUUUAUACAUUUGUCAAUCAUUGCGCUGGUGAUCUGUAUUAUUGUAAGCAUUGGCAAGAGUUCAGUCCACCGCCCGACGAAGGAGAGAUGGUCAAAAGUUCCCCAUUGAGCUGGUCAUUGUGUGCUGCAUACAAAUAUAUUCAGUUCGCUCGAUUUGGAGAAGUGACGUCAUCAAUGGGUUAUUAUGGCUGGCUGGCGGGGGAUCACAAGUACAGUCAUAUUUUGGAACCACACGAAAGAAUAUCCGGCUACGGAUGAAACAGCAAAAGAAAGAUAAAUGGAACAUCAAGUGUAAAUGAACUAAAUGAUAAAUGAAAAACAAUCUA